AUGGAAGGUUUUCAUCUGAAUCAAUCAAUAUUAAAGUUAAUCAUUUUUAUGGUACUGGUUAUUAGCUCACUAUCACUAAAGUCGAGUGCAAUUGAUGAACAACUGAAUGAAGGGCUUGAUGAAAAAAUGAUGGAGUUAACUAAGAAAAAUUCUUCAGUAGAAACUGGAGAUGAUCAUGUUAAUUGUUAUCUCUACAACGGAAAUUGUCAUGAUUGUCUCAGAAUCAGUUAUUGCUUCUACUGCGGCCAAUCUCAAGUAUGUGAACGAUAUCGUCAUUCCAAUCGGCAGUCUCUAGUGAAUGCUAGAGAGCAAUGUACCAAAGGCAGCGUUUAUAUUUAUCAAUGUUUGAUAUCUGAAGCAACAAUUAUCUUUAUCGCUAUGGGCUCAUCUGUUGUUUUAGUGGUUGCUAUUAUCACCUGUGUAGGAUGUUAUUGCAUUAAACGGCGGCAAAAGUUAAGUUUGAAACGCGAUAAUGAGUCUCUUCUUUUCGAAUUUGAGAAGAAAAAAGAAAGGCAAGAUCGGCAAAGGAAAUAUCGUGAGGAGAUGCGAUCUACAAUACGUCAAAAAUAUGGAUUAACUAAAGAUCGUCGACAAUCAUGCAAACAUUAA